GUCAGAAGGUUACCAAAAUGGCGUCGUUGUUGAAGCUGUCUGCUCAAACUGCUCAAAAAACUGCUAUAAAAUCUCUUCUAACAACAGGAAGUAAGCCAUUAGCCUCAUCAUGUUCAUCUCGAGAUUUUAGUUUUCGUGUUAAUGGGCGCAACAAUAGUCCUAAUGUCUCUACUGGUUCGCAGAUCUCAAGAGACUAUCCUGUCAUUGACCAUACCUAUGAUGCUGUUGUAGUAGGCGCAGGAGGAGCUGGUCUACGGGCAGCCUUUGGUCUGGCCAAUGAAGGUUUCAAGACUGCCUGUAUCACUAAACUCUUUCCUACUCGAUCCCACACUGUUGCUGCCCAGGGUGGUAUUAAUGCUGCGCUGGGUCACAUGGAAGAAGAUGAUUGGAAGUAUCAUUUCUACGACACCGUGAAAGGUUCUGAUUGGCUGGGAGAUCAAGAUGCUAUCCAAUACAUGUGUGAAGAGGCACCAAAGGCCGUCAUUGAGCUGGAAAACUAUGGUAUGCCGUUUAGUCGUUUGGAAAAUGGUAAAAUUUAUCAGAGGGCAUUUGGAGGUCAAAGUUUAAAGUUCGGCAAGGGAGGUCAAGCUCAUCGUUGUUGCUGUGUGGCUGAUAGGACUGGACAUUCUUUACUACAUACCUUAUAUGGACGUUCAUUGAAAUACGACACCAACUAUUUUAUUGAGUAUUUCGCCCUGGAUCUCAUCAUGGAAGAUGGAGAAUGCCGAGGAGUUAUUGCCCUUUGUUUAGAAGAUGGCUCAAUUCAUAGAUUUAAAUCGAAAAAUACCAUCUUGGCCACUGGGGGUUAUGGUAGAGCGUAUUUCUCGUGUACAUCAGCUCAUACGUGUACAGGAGAUGGUACAGCUAUGGUAAACAGAGCUGGUCUUGCCAACGAAGACAUGGAAUUUAUACAGUUCCAUCCUACAGGUAUUUACGGAGCUGGCUGUUUGAUCACAGAGGGUUCACGUGGUGAGGGAGGGUACCUCAUCAACUCUGAGGGAGAGAGAUUUAUGGAGCGUUAUGCCCCCACUGCUAAAGAUUUGGCGUCUCGGGAUGUGGUAUCACGAUCUUCAACUAUUGAGAUCAGAGAGGGAAGAGGUUGUGGUCCAGAGAAAGAUCACGUGCUCCUGCAGUUACAUCAUCUACCACCAGAGGUCCUUCACACCCGUUUACCCGGAAUCAGUGAGACAGCCAUGAUCUUUGCUGGAGUUGACGUCACCCGAGAUCCCAUCCCAGUUUUACCCACAGUUCAUUACAAUAUGGGUGGUACACCCACAAACUACAAGGGUCAGGUUAUCAAGUACACCAGAGAAGGUGGUGACGAAGUAGUUCCAGGAUUGUACGCCUGCGGAGAAGCAGCUUGUGCCUCAGUCCACGGCGCCAACAGACUUGGUGCCAACUCGCUACUGGAUCUGGUAGUAUUUGGAAGAGCUUGUGCCAACACUAUCGCUGCUGAAAACAAACCUGGAGAAUCUAUUGGCAAUGUCAAACAGAAUGCUGGUGAAGAAUCUGUAUCUAAUCUAGAUAAAAUACGUCAUGCUAACGGUUCUACACCUACAGCUGAUCUACGUCUUAACAUGCAAAAGACUAUGCAGAACUAUGCUGCUGUCUUCCGAGAUGGGGUGACACUGAAGGAAGGAUGUGACAAGAUGGAUGGCUUAUUUAAACAAAUGGAUGACUUGAAGGUUCACGAUAGAGGUUUGAUUUGGAACACCGAUCUAGUAGAAACAUUAGAGUUACAGAACUUGAUGAUCAAUGCUAUCCAGACUAUUUAUAGUGCCGAGAAUAGAACGGAAAGUAGGGGAGCUCACUCUAGAGAAGAUUUCAAGCACCGUAUUGAUGAAUAUGACUACAGUAAACCAGUAGAAGGUCAGACACCUAAACCCUAUGAUGAACACUGGAGAAAACAUACUCUAUCUUAUGUUGAUGGUGACGGAAAGGUGAAGUUGGACUACAGACCAGUUAUUGAUGAUACGCUAGACCAGAACGAAUGUCCAAUGGUACCACCUGCAAUUAGAUCUUAUUAAAUUACACUUUUUUUUUAUCAAAAUCACAGUUUUAUGAAAGAAUGAAAUGAAAGAAGUUUCCUGUUCUUGGACCAAAAAUUUUGACAAAUGGAAACAUAAAAUUAUAGCAAUUUUUGCAAAUUUUCAAGCUUUUUCUAGCCUCAAAAAUUUGCAUCAAAUCAUGCAUCAUUUUUGCUUGAAGAUUUCUAAAUUUGUUGCAAAAUUUUCAUUCAGGGAAGGAGUGACAUAAGGUGUUCGGGAUGAGUUUGAUUAUGGAAAGGGUAUCGGAUGGAUAUUGAAAUUUCUGGUGCAUCUUAGUGGUCUAGAACUAAAUGCUUGUAAACAUAGCUUCAUAUUAGUACAUCAAGGGACAGAUGUAACCUACUCGUGACCCUUUGAGAUAUCAAGAUAGGUUUUAAAACACAAGAUAUCCAAUGUGGCUUAAUACAUGGUGUGCUCACCCUUCUAAAACACCUGAUUCCACUUAUCGACUUAUCUUUUUACUAUUGAACAUGUAUCAAAAUCGUCAGAAAAACACCAAAUGACAUUCUAGAGCCUGCACAAGGAAAGACUAGACAUGAUCACCCUUCUAGAACACCUGACGUCACUCUGUGGUUGUAUUGGGUACUGUAUGUAAGUUGGUCUAAGAAUUCAAAUGUAUGUAUAAACUUUGUUGUAGUGUGAACUCAGUUAAUUUGUAAAUAAGAUAUAUUCCAUUGUUGAGUU